CUCCUGGCACCCCCAGCAUCAUGGUGCGAUUGACGCCCACGCGCCUGCUGUGCGCGGCAAUCCUUUUGUGCACCUUUUUACUGUUUUCAUUUAUAUCGAACCUCUUCUUCGGCCAGCGCGGCUACGAGAUCCUGCUCGAGCGCCCCCGACCCGCGCGAUCCCGAACUUCGCCCGCCGACGUCCCCUAUGGCGAAGAAUGCUCCCCCUUCAAAGCCGGCGUCAUGGACGAUGUCACCAUCGUGCUGAAGAUGGGCGCCGGCGAGCUGGCCACACAGCUGCCCAGAUUCCUCAACCGGCUGGGCCGCUGCAAGCAGGAUCUCCUGUUCUUCUCCGAUCGCAAAGCCGAAUACAGCGGCUUCGACAUUGUAGACGCGCUCGCGAACCUCCGCCCAGAAUACAGAUACAACAACCCCGACUUCGACAUAUAUGACAGGAUACAGGCGGCAAAUAGCACCGAAGAGAAGACGCGCGACGGGUGGCGAUUGGACAAGUACAAGUUCCUGCCCAUGAUGGAGCUGACCUCCCACCUGCGCCCGGACUCGAACUGGUUUGUCUUCGUUGAGACCGAUACCUACGUCAAUUGGGACAACAUGUACCGCUUCUUGACGCAUUUCAAUCCGAAGACGCCGUAUUACUUUGGAUCUCCAGUCUGGCCUCCGAAGAAGCCCGUCUUUGCCCACGGCGGCAGCGGCUUCGUGCUUUCGCGGGGUGCUCUGAAUAAGUUAAUGGCGCGCGGCCGCAUGUUCGCUGAGAACCACCACUUUCCCGGCACGCACCUAUACGGCAAAGACGUGACGAAAGAAUGCUGCGGCGACGAGGUUUUAGGGAACGUGCUGAAGGAGAGCGGCGUCCCGAUUCGCGGGUACUGGCCCAUGUUUAACGGCGAGAAACCCAUCACUGCGCGCUUCGGCUGGGAACAAUGGUGCGAGGCAAUCCUCACGCUUCAUCAUCUGCAGGGCGAAGACUUUGCGGCCCUCGAACGCUGGGAAUCGGCGCGACAGCAUCCCUCCCGUCCCCUUACCUUCGAAGAGCUCUUUACGUAUAUCGAGCCCACUCUACAAGACCAAACCGACGACUGGUCCAACAUGUCAGAAGACAUCACCCAUGGCAGUGGGCAUCCAGCCGGCAAGUCGUUUGAUACCUGUUUCGCAGCCUGCUUGAGAGAUAGCAAGUGCCUACAGUACGAGCAUUUUGGGGAUACUUGUCGUCUAUCGCACGACAUACGGCUCGGGCACCAUCAGUCGCCCGAUGGUGACAAGAAAUGGACAUCUGGCUGGGUCACGGCUAGAAUAAAGGCUUUCAAAGCCGCGCAUUCGCCGUGUCACGGAGCUCACCUUGUGCACGCUAAUCCGUAACCGAUCGACUCCUUCGAGACACGAGACGACGACACGAGAGACUUCUGUACGAUUUACGGCAUUGAAUGGCGUUUGAUACCCGACAGCAUCGCUGCGUUAUAUACCCUGGGCGGCAUGCGGUCACAAUUUGGGCAUUGGUUGCAUGGAACGGCGUUUGGGUCGGUUUGUGAGAAGGUAUUCUCUGCUGCGCUGCCUCGUUCAUAUUUCGCUUUGCGGCAGUGUUGAGAACUCGUCUUGUA